UCUUUCAGAAACACAUGAAGUUUUAGGGGGUCUUCGUUAAGUAAUGAACAUUUUGUGUUACAGCGUCAAUUUGAUGGUAACCAUCUAAUGACUUUAAUAGAGUUAAGAAAUCACAUUCGUGCAGUUCUUUAAUAUGUGUAAAAUGACGUAUCAAUAUACAGCCAGAACUUAAUUUCGCGCGGGAAAACGAGACAAAGAACCUGAAAUGUGUGCAAGAAGUUACUCACGGGCGGGGGCGAUAGGAGGGACUAAACUGUCGAGGCAUACGAUUGGCUGAUGUGCCCGCAAGCCAGUCGUCAUUUUGACCAAUGAAAUAAGUCUCACACGUUCUUUUCACGAAUAAGCCCUUUUAGAUUAGCAUAUGCCCGAAUAAAUACCCAGCGCACGUCUCAGUCCAUAUAGUGUUUUGUGACGAGGAACAUAGAGCAACAUGCCCGAGCCAGCUAAAUCUGCUCCCAAGAAGGGCUCCAAGAAAGCGGUCACUAAGACCGCCGGAAAAGGAGGAAAGAAGCGCAAGAGAUCCAGGAAGGAGAGCUACGCUAUCUACGUCUACAAAGUACUGAAACAGGUUCACCCCGAUACUGGCAUCUCCUCGAAGGCGAUGGGAAUCAUGAAUUCUUUCGUCAAUGACAUCUUCGAGCGCAUCGCCGGUGAAGCGUCUCGUCUCGCUCACUACAACAAGCGCUCCACCAUCACAUCUAGAGAGAUCCAGACCGCCGUGCGUCUGCUGCUGCCCGGUGAGCUGGCCAAACACGCCGUGUCGGAGGGCACAAAGGCCGUGACCAAAUAUACUAGCUCGAAGUAAAGCGUCAACUGACUUGAUCUACC